AAUGUUUUUGAAGAAGAAGAAGGCAAGGAUGAUGACAGAUUAUGAUGAUAACCCUGUAAGUGACUUUCUUGAAUGAUAAAUAUGGUACUGAGGGUGAUUAUAAUAAUGAGUUAAAUGGAGGAGAAGGCACCUUGAAUCGAUCCAACACUGAUAGAAGUAGACCAAGACCACCAUCGAUUCUAGAACGACACUUUGGAGCGCCUUCAUUACCUGCCCAAAGUUUUCAACCGGGACAAAUUGUGAAUUAUUCACCACCUACUAAUCAUUUUCCUCCUCAUCCACCUGCUCUGUCUUCUCAAUUUGCUAAUUAUCCACCUCAAGGAGGUUAUGGUGCUGAGCUGGGCCCUGGAGGAUAUGGAAAUGAAGUGGAAACGGGUGGGUAUGGGAAUGCGGUGGCUACUGGUGGGUAUGGAAACGCUGUGGCUCAGGGUUAUAAUACCCAUUAUAAUAAUUCACCACCUUCUCGUCCAGUUUACCCAAAUGAAGCGAUGAUGUAUCAACAAGACCCAAAGCAAGCUACGUUGAUGAGAGAACCAUCAGGAAAACUCAAGAACCCCUAUGAAGGAGUUGAAGAGUACAAUCAUCAAGAAGAUCGAUCUGGUACACCUACUCAACCUAACUUACAACAAUCUUACUUUGCUCUUUCUCAUCCUGAUUCGUUGGGUAGUGCUGCUCAAUCACCUGCUCCUGUGCCUACUACUAACAAUACUAAUACUCAUCAUCAUCAAGAGAAUGGGAUCAAAGAAGAUCGAGCUCAACGUACUUUGAGUGUUAUGAAUGGAGAAUCUCAGUAUAAUGAUUUUCAUGGGUUUUGAGUCUUGAAGAGCUGGUUUUCCAUUUUUCUUUUUUUUUAAGUAGAACUUGAAAUCUUUUUAGGUUGAUGAUGAUGAUUUGUUUUUUUUGCUUUGGUGUGGAAAUCUUGAUGAGUUUCUACUACCGUCCAAAGAAAAUUUACUUAAAGGAUCAUUUCAAAUCAGUUGCCUUUUUUUUUAAAAUCUUUUUUCUUUUUUUUUUGUUGGAUUAAUCUUCUUGAGAGCGUUUUUGUUUUUUUUCAUCAUGGAACAGAAUGAAGGAAAACUUUUUACAACUUUUUCAAGGUUUUUUCUCUUUUUUCCCUUUUUUUUUUCUGUGUGUGUGUGACUGUGUGUGUGUUUUACUUCAAUCGCUAUUUCAUUCGUUUUUUUUUUACAACAAUUAUUUACUUUUUUUACUUUUAAAGAAUUUUUUCUCUUUAUGUUUUUUUAUAUGAAUUUAUUUGGAUCAAAUCGAUUGAUUGAUAAACUAAAGAAAUUUAAAAACCCUAUUAAAACCAAUU